UUCAAUGGAGAUGCAGAAAAGCAACGUGCACCACCAGCAGCACCUCCAGGACUUCACCCUCCCCUGCAGAGGGUUUGGACCCGUGGGGGGGCAGGUGGAGGCGCUGGAACGCGGCCCGGUCGCUCGCAGGUCAAAAAUCCAAAAGUUUAACAUGAGCAAAAAGAUUUUCCCCUGGAUGAAGGAGUCGCGACCCAAUCAGGCCCACGCCAGGAGCCCCUCAGACUGCAUCGUCAACGAGAAGUGUCCAAGCGCGACCCCGGCCUCCAAGCGGACGCGCACCGCGUACACGAGCGCGCAACUGGUGGAGCUGGAGAAGGAGUUCCACUUCAGCCGCUACCUGUGCCGGCCGCGGCGGGUGGAGAUGGCCAGUCUGCUCAACCUGCACGAGAGGCAGAUCAAGAUCUGGUUCCAGAACCGCAGGAUGAAACAGAAGAAGGACGAGAGGCAGCAGGGCCUCACCCCCACCACGUCCUCCUCCUCUCCCCCGUCCUCCCCCUCCGCCCCGGGCAGCCCCACUCUGUCCAGCCUGGGUUACGUGCAUGUGGGAGGGGAUUACCAGGCGGCCUCUCCUCAGCUCCAGUCCCAGCAGCAGCAGCCUCAGUACCCGGCACAAUACUCCAAAUAUCCGGCUCUGGGCUUUACGCACAAUCCGCCAUUUGAAGUGCAGUACGACACGCACGGCAGCGCGCACACAACGAACCAAAGCGUGGACGUGAGCGGUUCCUUCUUCCCACAGAGCUGCUGCUCCUCUCAGGACAGAAUCAUGCAGGCUCCAAAACUGACUCAUCUGUAGCAGAUACUCGAAAAACUGUAUCUUUACUUUGUGGAAGCGAAACGUGACUGAUCCGUGUUGAAG